GUUGCUGUCAAGCAAGGAUCAAGGCCGAAGCUGUCGAGUGCUCGGCACUCAGCAACCUCACCUGGUGAAACACUCCCGUACAGUCGCGAUCGCAUUGGCAAACCUCAAUAGACUGGGAAAAAGAGGCCAAGUACGAACCAUGAAGACUCCUUCGACUGCAGCACUCGCAGUGCUGGCCAGCUUGUGCUUGAAGGAAACAGCAGCAUUGAGCGACAAAGGGACAUCCAAGGCGAAAUACCAGGAGGCAUGUCCAGCAUAUGAGCACUAUUCCAAAUAUCCGCACUACCCAUUCAGCGAUGGGUCUAUGGCUCUGCCAUAUCAACGGCCCUCUAAACACUGCCGAACGUUCGAGUCGGACCUCGUAGAGAAGGUCAUCAAACACAUGACCUCCAGCCUCGUAGACCACGACCUCGCACGACUCUUCGAGAACGCCUUUCCCAAUACGUUAGACACUACAGUACGAUGGCAUGUAGACGGCACAGAGAAACACACGGAAACCAAUGGGAUGCAGCAGAUGUUGGGUGCACAACCAGGUGCCUGGAAAGGUCCACAAAGCUUCAUUGUGACAGGUGAUAUCAAUGCUGAAUGGCUGCGGGACAGCACAAAUCAGUUAGCGCAAUACCAGCGCUUAGCGAAGAAGGAUAAGAAGAUUGAAACUUUGAUACUGGGAGCUAUCAAUACACAAGCAGAGUACGUGAUCGAGUCACCGUACUGCAAUGCUUUCCAGCCACCGCCUCCGAGCAAGCUGAAAGCAAGCGAUAAUGGACAAGGAGAUAGUGUACAUCCGGCAUAUGAACCCAGCCAGGUGUUCGAGUGCAAGUAUGAGCUGGACUCAUUGGCGCACUUUCUGAGACUGGGUAAUCAGUUCUACGAAAGUACCGGCUCCACUGCCUUCUUGACGCAGCGCUGGUAUCAUGCUCUGGAGAGCCUGCUCAGAGUGCUUGAUCAGCAAAGUCAGUCGACUUUCGACGCCAAGACUGGGAGGUUUAUCAAGCAGACCUACCGCUUUCAGCGAAAUACGAAUACUGGAACGGAAACAUUGAACCUCGCAGGCAAUGGCAAUCCUUUGAACUACGGCACCGGUCUGAUCCGCUCUGCCUUCCGACCCAGUGACGACGCCACAAAUCUUGGCUUCUUCAUUCCAGCCAACGCCAUGAUGGCCGUAGAGCUGAAGAAGACCGCGGAGAUGCUCGCUGCGGCAGGCAAACCCAAAGUCGGCGACGAGCUCAAGGCUCGAGGUGAGAGCAUCGAGAAAGGUGUGUGGGAGCACGGAGUGGUGGAGCACAAGAAAUGGGGCUCCGUUUUUGCUUUUGAAGUUGAUGGCUACGGCUCAGCCAUCAUGAUGGACGAUGCCAAUGUCCCCUCUCUCCUCGCUCUGCCAUAUCUUGGCUUCGUGCGCAAAGAAGAACGCACGUACCAGAAUACACGCAAAAUGAUUCUAUCCAAAGAUGGCAAUCCUUACUUCCUGCAGGGGAAAGCGUUCAAGGGAAUUGGAGGACCGCAUAUUGGAUUAAACAAUGCCUGGCCCAUGUCCUUGUUGGUGCAAGCCAUGACGAGUGACGACGAUGACGAGAUUGCGGAACUGUUGGAAGCAGUAAAGAAGGCGAGUCCCUUAGGACUGAUCCACGAAAGUGUAAAUGUGGAGAGAAUCACCGACUAUACUCGCAGUUGGUUUGCGUGGGCGAAUUCGGUUUUUGCCCAGACGAUUCUUGAUAUUGCGGAGCGGAAACCCCAUUUGUUGUUUAAGCCUGGGACGAAGCCGUAUGUGGUCAGUUAG